GAUUUGGAAAAAUGGCGGACUGGGAUCAGAGGGAAGUUAGCAUUCUAGAGAAAGGAAACAAAAAAUCUUCCCCCUAGAGUUACAGAUCUGUGUGAUUUUUAAGGCAAAGGUGUAACACGAUGGAAGUAUCCAGUUCAGCUGACAAGUCACGUUCACUUGACACCAAUUUUAUGUCACGACUGAGUUCCAGCCAGAAAAUGAGCAAAAUGGAAGCAAACAGACUAGAAAUUCAGUGGAAAAAAGUCUGUGAUCAUGAAAAGAGGAGCAAGGAAAGAAAUAGAGAACUGUUGAAAGAUUUUGAAAGGGUGGAACAACAUGCUGCUAUGCUGGCUGUAAAAACAGAGAGGCUUAAAGCUUAUAAGGAGCAAUAUGAAAACUACAUCAAUAAGAUGUAUCCAAGAUGGAAAGAGGAACUGGAGAAUUACAGACUAAGUCAACAUCAAAACAAAAAUGAACCAGCAAGAAGCGGACCUAGCACAGCACUUUUGACCUCAUCCUUAAGAGAAUCUAGACUUGAGCCACAAUUUUCUGUGAGCACUCCAUUACCUGGAAGCAUUCUGAGUAACCAGCACAGUUCAGUACCUACAGCUUACAACAGAUCAUCUCCCACAACAAAUUAUCCAGCUGAUCGUCGCCAUCCUCAUGAUCAUUUUGCUUAUCAUGGGCCUUCUUACCCAAAUGGUGGUAAUCUGCCACCAACUGGAUAUUAUCCCUCUGACAGUAGAUGGGAAAGUCCUGGAUAUUAUGACUCACAAAGACCUUUGGAUAAUAGAGUACAUCAAGGUCAGAUGCCAGAAAGCAACAGAGGCCCUACAAAUGUACAGUACAGGUCACCAGAUCACUAUUUUGGAUCACCAGGUGAUCAGUUUUAUGACAGACGACCACACCCAGGAGAGAUCAGCAUUCCCAGAAAUGGUCCUCCUACAUCAAGUUUUAUGUACUCAGAUAUUUCACAUCCCAGAUCCCAGGAAGCAACAUCUUAUGAACCAAGAACAGAGCUGCAAAGGACACACCUGGGGCACAGAAACCAUCCAGGACUUUAUGAACAGUAUGGAUACCAUGAACAUUAUGAUCAAGGUGGAAUGGGACAGGGUUACAGAGGUUCUGCAGAUCACAGGAUGGCUGAAUUUAAACCAGCUGCUGUGAAUAGAAAGGUUUUCAAUGGGGAAGAUGACUCACUUGUUGAUAAGGAUUUCGUUGGUGGUUUACCCAAAAGAACAGUCAUGGAAAAUAGUCUGGAGUCUGCUCGAGAUACCAAACACCUCCCCCCAGAGGAUGCCACCAUUAGUCAAUCAUUUGUUACUCCUGAAAAACCUUUAGAGAGGAGCAAUCCUAUGUCGAGUUUGAAAAAUCCUCCACUGUCAUCACCAGCCAGUGGUACCUCUGUAGUAAAUACUAAUCAAGAACAUCACUUAGAGACUAGAGAGGAUGAUUCUGCCAUUUCACCGACCUCGUCCCAAGCUACUCCAAAUGUUUUAACAGAUAAGCCAGAGAAGGAAUCUGUGUUGAAAAAUGAAAGUUUGCCGGCAGAGGGAUCAGCUGAUUUCAAGACGGCUUCGAAGCCCGAGGUUGAACCAGUAAAGACAGUGGAGAUGUCAAACGGAAGGCCGCAAGAAGAGAUGGAAGUCAAGUCAGUUGAUGCAAAGAUUGAGGAAAGAAUUGCUGAAGCGCCUGGCACGCCUCAAGAGUUACAUAAAGUUAGAGAGCAAAGCGAUGACGAGGAAAGCUUGGAUUUAAGUGAUCUUAGCCUUCCAGAUGGAGGUGAUGCGGGUGGAAUAUCUUACGUUCCUUCUCAGAUAGAGCACAAAAAUGUCGAUGAACCCCAAAAAGAUGCUACCUUGAGCGGGGAUUUAGAAUUUUCUGCGAGUCCAAGUAAACCUGCUGUUGUACAGGACAAUAGUAAGAGCUUUACUGAAGACAUCAGUGAGCAUAUCCCAGAGUCCGUGCCGUCGGACAACGACAGUGAUGCUGAUAUUCCUUUGCAUGACAAAGUCAAGGAGAAACCUCCAAGCAGUGUUGAAAAAGUCACCGAAAAAUCUGAGCGGUUACAUGUUAGUGACAAUGCAGAAGAUGGAGAGGAUGCGGGUAGAGACGAAGUUGUAGGUGAUGUUAAACCUGAGGUACAGGCUGAGAUGACACACGUGGAGAUAAAGCCAUCAGUGAGUUUAGAUGGAUUCUUGUGUCUUUUGCAAGCUGUUGAUGCUGACGUUGAGGUGUCAUUUAGCCCUGAAACUCUGUAUCAUUCACCUAGCUGCAGCACCGACAUGCGAGAAGAGAUAAUAAGAGCUGUUGAGGUUGGCAGUAGUCUCCAGACUUUUGAACCGAACACGGUCAGCAUGAUUGUUCUUGAAGAGUUACCACUUUUGGUGUCCAGUUCCCCUGCUGGUUGCCUUAUUCCGGACCGAGUGUUUUCCCAAGGAUUCUCCUGUGCAACAGAGAAAGAGCUAAGGCCCUUGGUGGAAGCUUCACUGAUAAAAUUGUGGCGGGAGCUAUUUACUCAUCUAUUAAAUGUGGUGAAAAACAAUGUGAUGAAUCCAGAGGAAGUAGGAGAUACAUUCGGAUCGCUUCUGAUCCCUCAGUCUUCAAAGUACUGGAGAGAGAGCCAACAGCUUCUGCGUAGAAUACUUGAAGCAGCAGUUUCAAAUGUCAGCAGUCGCUCAGCUUCCCCUCUUGCUCCCCCCCUUGGUCACGAGUCGGAUCAUAAGCCUCUAUUUGAAAAUGAGGCGCCACCUAAGCAGGAUGAUGAUGAGGUAUCAAUCGCAACUGAAGCUUCUAGUAGUACACUGGGUUCUACUCCACCCAAAAUGGAGCCAAAUAAAUCCAAGGAUCAGAAUCGCCAACCGACACCAGACCCAACGGUCUCGUACGAGGAUGAUUUUGAAGAUGAAGUUCCCCUCACCGAAACUCCUGCGUACCUUAAAAUGAUGAGCAGUGCUCACUCUGAACCUGAUGAUGACAUCAGUGAUCCGCUGGCUAACACUGAACCGCAAAAACAAGAAAGCGAGGCUGACGAAGAUGUUGAGAGGGAAUUGGCACGGAGUAUAUCCCCGCCUACGACGUUACCUAGUCAGAAAUCGCAGAACUAUUCAAAAAGCGGGAAACAAAAACCAAAACUUUCUUUGUUUGAAACUGAUGCAGAUGGAAAAACUAACAAAGACGUGGGUGAUAGCUGUGAAGGAACAUCUCUAAAGUCUCUCAAAUCCGACAUUUCAGAUUCUGACUCAUUAGCAUCACCUCCGUUAUCGCCGGAUGACGUGAUUGGAUACACGCCAACUGCUUUGGAAAAACAGCAAAACGGUGAUAAAGUUGACAAGGAAAAUGAUAAGAGUGAGCCUAAGUCCUUUACUGACUCCAAAGCCAAACGAAAAACAGAUUUCUGGAAUACCUCAGACACGGAGUCCGAAGUAGAUUUACAGCUGAGCACGGGAGGAAUGGAUCAAGAGGAUGAUGACGAUUUUGAUUUCUACGGAUGACCCACGAAUAAGAAAGAUUAGGGUAUCUGCUAGUUCUUAGGUAUCCAGUGUAAAAGGGGCAAGCAAGUCUUUGGGAAUUAAGUGUAGUAACACGCCUGUUUAAUGAAACCUAUGCGAUUGAUCUGCGAAUUUCAGUCUUGAAAAUUCAGAGGAGGCGACGUUAACACGCAUCAUUUUCUUACCUUUAUAUCAUUUUAAUAACAUAGACAAAACGUUUCAUCUCACUAGAAAUCUGACAUCAGUAUUAACAAAGAGUGAAUUAUGAUUGAAAAGAAAUCUGCACGAAGCUCUUUGGAUGCCUUGUUUGUAUAUAAAUAUAGCACGAGACAGUUGACGUCUCAACUGCUGAUUUUCGUUCAAUCUUCUACUUCAUUAAAUAUUUCUUUUUUCA